GGCACCCAAGAUAAUGUGCUCUUCAAACCCACUAUCACUUCACAUUUCUUAACCAUUGCUUAAAUUAUGAGACAUGCAAAUCGAAGCAACCAACUACUCUAAUUUCCAGCAGCUUUGUCAUAUAUUCCAUCCUAGCUUUGAAAUAUAAAAGCCAUACUACCCCAACAUUCAUAUAUCCCAGCAUUCUUCAGAUUUUUAAUCUCCCUUUUCUAAACAGCAUUUCUUCAAAUCCAAUUUCCCUGACUAGCCAAAUCCACAACCUUCAUGGCCAUCACAAGAAUCAUCUUGCUAUUUUGUACCUUUGCGUCACUGUCCCUCAUGUCGUCGGCCCAAACUUGUAAAAACUACAAAUUUUCCAGUAAGAUCGGUUUUAAUUCGUGUGCUGACCUUCCGGUUUUACAAGCACAUCUCCAUUGGAAUUACAAUUCCACGGCAGAAACAGUACACAUUGCAUACAGAGCAAACCAGAUACCUAGAGGAUGGAUUUCAUGGGGUAUUAACCCUACUGGAAGUGGGAUGGUUGGGACACAAGCACUAGUUGCCUUUCAGGAUCUUAACGGCAAGAUGAAAGUCUAUACUACUCAAAUUAACAGCUAUAGCCCGGAAAUGAAACCCAAACCUCUUAGUUUCUCAGUCUCGGAACUUUCAGCAGAGUAUGUGAAUGAUGAGAUGAUCAUCUCUGCUGUUCUUGGCCCGCUGAGUAACGGAACAACUUUUAACAUCGUCUGGCAAGCUGGAAAUGCAGUGUCAAAUGGUAUUCCUCAGUCCCACCCACACUAUGGACCUUACAUUAGAUCAUCUGGAACACUGGAUUUCCUGUCAUUGUAGAUCAGUUCUCGAGGCAGAAACCCUAUGCAUAUUUUUAUCCAAUAAAUAAGUAAACCUAGUACAAGUAUUAUCUCAGUAUGUACACAUAGUAUUCUCCAACAACAAUAGUAUGAAAAAAAGUUUGAAACUGUAUUACUAUUCCUCAUUUAUCAGUUUCUACAGAUGUUUGAGAGAUUCAAUGAGUAGUCAAGCAACUUCUGAUUGUGGAUUACAUGAUUGAGAUAGUAUGAAAAUGACACUUACUUAUCAGCAAGAAACAUUCAUCACCGCAUUUAUGUCAUUGAUUAUUCAGGGUCUUUCCCAAGUAAAGCUUGAGAGACCAUCUCAUGUUCAGCAUUUUCCUCUGUCAUUCAGAAGAAUGUAGCCAAUCAAGACAGAAAAGCUAGGAAUGAGUGACCAUAUUACUGACAUAAUGCUGCCACUCAUCUCUCUUGGUCUUUGUUACUGGCAACUCCAACGU